GCUGACUGUCGUUUACGCAUGUCUGCUAAAACGAAAGUCAGUGAACGUAGAUCACGAUCAGGGCCUACGUUAUAGAAAUGUCUAAAACUAUACCAUCAACAAUCAGUCACGAAUCUUUUGUUUUUAAGUAUGCUUUGUCUGCCACUUCAGCUGUAAUAGCAGAAUCUGUAACAUAUCCUCUUGAUUUAACUAAGACACGAUUGCAGAUUCAAGGAGAAGCUACUCACUCGUUGAGCAGUGCAGCAAAACAUAUGCACCGUGGCAUGAUUGCUACAGCUGUUGGUAUAGCAAAAGAAGAGGGUGUGAGAAAACUCUGGCAAGGUGUAACACCAGCUCUUUAUAGACACAUAGUUUACUCUGGUAGUCGUAUGAGCUUCUAUGAAGUACUGAGAGAGAGAGUUUUUAAGAAGAGUAAAGAUGGAACUUUUCCUGUGUGGAAGGCUUCGCUGUCUGGUCUGUUGGCUGGUGCUGGCGGACAGUUCCUGUCAAGCCCAGCAGACCUUGUAAAGGUUCAGAUGCAGAUGGAAGGAAGAAGACGGUUGGAAGGAAAACCUCCCAGGGUGAAAAAUACAGCACACGCCUUCCGUAUGAUCUUAGCAGAAGGCGGCAUACGAGGUCUUUGGUGUGGCUGGGUACCCAAUGUUCAAAGAGCUGCCUUGGUCAAUUUAGGAGACUUAGCAACCUAUGACACAGCCAAGCAUACAAUACUGACCAGAACUAAUCUGAAGGACAACCAUCUGACACACACUAUGGCAAGUGCUUGUUCAGGUCUAGUAGCAGCUCUGAUGGGCACACCAGCAGAUGUUGUGAAGACAAGGAUAAUGAAUCAGCCAACUAAAGAUGGCAAGGGUUUGUUGUACUCAGGUUCUGUGGACUGUCUCAUUAAAACUGUCAAGCAGGAAGGUUUCUUGGCCUUGUAUAAGGGACUUGUACCCAUCUGGGCCAGAAUGGCGCCGUGGUCCUUGGUGUUCUGGUUGUCGUAUGAGGAGGUUAGGAAGUUGACUGGCACAUCCUCAUUUUAAGCUGUAUCUGGUUGAUGACUAAAGGGAGUUAUCCCCGGCUAGCUGACUGAAGGGACUUAACCCUGCCAGCUGACUGAAGGGAGUUAACCCAGCUA